AUGCCUUCCGUGGGCAAGAGGAUCCGGAGCUCCGGUAACAAUGACACGGAGCUUCCUGCCAAGCGCACCAGACUCCAAACUCGUACUUUGCAAAUCAACGAUGAGAACCGAGACCCCAGAGAUUCUUGCUCCAUCGAUACCGUAUUAGAAGACCACGAGGCUGCGUUCCCUGCCAAAAGUCCUCUGAAGAAAUUUGCCGCACCACUUACCCCGAAGACCCCACGCUUCCGCGAUGCCUUGUCCGACUCACCGAGCACGCCCCGGCACCGGGUCAUGUCCGUCGGCAAGCUGUCAACAAGGUUGACGCCAAAGACACCAUCCACGCCUGCAACAUCCCAAACCAUCUACCACCUUGCAAGACAACUAUUCUCACGCAGCAACGACCCGGGUCGCCUCAUCGGACGGGACGACGAGCGGGCGCGCCUCGAAGAGUUUCUGGCCAAGUGCACAACCUCAACCCCCCAUGGGUGCCUCUAUGUCAGUGGUCCUCCAGGUACGGGGAAGAGCGCAAUGGUCAACGCUGUAACGGAUGAGCUGGUCUCAAAAACUCCGUCUGUUCGCAAGGCAUAUAUCAACUGCAUGAGCGUCAAGUCUUCAAACGAUCUCUACGUUAUACUGCUGGAUCAACUUGGGGACGACAUUAAUAUAUUAGAAUCGGAGCCAGCAGCUGCGCUGCAGCAGCUUUUCAUCCCCAAGCGGAAGGUCGCCAGCGCGUUUUUGGUCGUCCUCGACGAAAUCGAUCACAUUCUAAGCUUGGACCUGGAGAGCUUGUAUAAGAUCUUUGAAUGGUCGAUGCAGAAGCUCUCACGAGUAUCCCUGGUGGGAAUUGCCAACGCCCUGGACUUGACGGACCGCUUUUUGCCGAGACUAAAGUCGAGAAACUUGAAGCCUGAGCUACUUCCGUUUCUCCCAUACUCAGCACCGCAAAUCAAGGCAAUUGUCACCGAUCGACUAAAGAGCCUUAUGCCGGCUGGUAGCACCAAUGCGAGCUUUACCCCAUUUUUCCACCCAGCCGCCAUUGAGUUGUGUUCCCGCAAGGUAUCCAGCCAAACAGGGGAUCUGAGAAAGGCCUAUGAGAUACUGCGUCGGGCUCUGGACUUGGUGGAAGCCGAGACAAAACGGAAACUCGAGGAGGAAGCAAGACAGAAGAUUUUGCAGAUGACGCCUUCCAAGAGGCCACUGGGAGAGACGCCCAACAACGCAGGUUCGCCUUCAAAAGAUGCCAGCAGGAGAACAGUUCCUGCCGAGCUGGCUGCGUCUCUGCAAGCGUUGACGGUCGAAAACGCGCCACGAGUGAGCAUCUCACACCUAAACAAGAUCACGGCAACGUCGUUCGGCAAUGGGGCAAGUCAACGUCUCAAGAGCCUGAACCUCCAGCAGAAAGCGGCAUUGUGCUCCUUGAUGGCUAUCGAGAAGAAGAACAAGGCGGCUGUUGCCGCUGUAUCGCCAACAACGCCCUCAAAGACCAGAGUGACAGCUCCAACGGUCAAAACCCUAUACGACACAUAUAGCCUUCUCUGCAAGCGCGACUCGCUUCUUCACGUGCUGUCGAGCUCGGAAUUUCGCGAAGUCAUUGGUAGCUUAGAGACGCUAUCACUCGUCACAGCCGUGGAUGGCAAGACUGGCUCCUUUGCGGUGCUCCAGACGCCAAGCAAGAAGGGCAGGAAGGCCACUUUCAGCAAUGGCGACGAGAGACGGGUUGCCAGUUGCGUUGGCGAGAGGGAGAUCGAGCAGGGCAUCGAAGGCCUUGGAUCUGACAUUUUGAGAAGCAUUUUGAGCGGAGAAGCAUUGGAUUAG